UUGUGCAUUUCAAAUUUUCUUCUUCUCUCCUUAGUCUCACAGCAUAAUAAACGAGUAUUUGCGGGAAAAGACUCAUCCACCCUAAGAGGGGCAUGCAAAACAGAAGUCGUUAAAUAUGUAUCUGUGUCUACAAGGGAUAAGCAGAAAGAGACCCAAAUAAAUUCGUCCUUUCAAUCUAAAUGCCAUGAAACGAGGCUAAAUGUACAAAAUACGGAUUCACUAGAAAGCACAAAUAUCAAAAACACAGAUGGUACAAAUAUUUCUGAUUUUCAAAUAAUGGAUAAAGAAAAGCAGCAAGAUCAGGAAGAGAUUCCAAUAGCUUUUACCUACCAUAAAAUCUACAGAUCAUUUGGUUUUUGUACAAAUAUCAAUACCUGUGCCAGCUAUGAUGUAACCAGAAUGGCCACAAAGUGUCUGGCUGCACUCGCAUUUUCUAGUACGUUUUUCGUCUAUCUCCUUCUCAAUUCUCAUUAUCGCGAUUGUUUCAAAGAAGUAUUUUGCAAUUACAAGAAUGCAUUGGCAGAGAAUCCCGAUAACCUGAUCAAUGAAACAACUGUUUUUGCUACUAAUUCCAAUAAAAAGGCGCAACCAGCAGAAGAAGGCGUUCUAUCAUUUACAUUUUUAAAAGGUGAAUCUCAUAUGAAUGCAUCAUGGAAAAACCGACACUAUAUCUAA